GUACUGGUUGUAGAUGUAUGUCCGGUAACGUCUAGUAAUUAUAUAGUUAUUAGAAAUAUUAACCAGUUAUUGUGUCGUCUUUAUACAUGCGUAUUGUUACCUAAAAAUGUUUAAAACAAAAUUAGAAGUGGACAGACAUGUAGAUAAUAGUUUAAAAAAGAUAAACAACGAGACCGAGAGAAAUCUAAGAUGUUUCUCAUUUGCAAAGCUGUAUUUUAAUGUUGGUGACUAUGAACAAACUUGUCGUUACGUCUCUUCAUAUUUAACUGUUAAGCCAAAAUCACCGGAAGGAUAUCAACUGCUGGGAAAAGCAUUAGAAAAAUUAAGUAAAAAGGAAGCUGCGCUCGAAGCUUAUAGAACUAGCUUACAGCUUGAUCCUAAGCAAAACAAUUUAGUUAUAAAGGUUUGUGAAUUACUAGCAUCGGAUGACGUGGAUAUGGAUCAGUCAGGUGCGAGGUAUUUUUGCGAUUUAGCUCAGUCCUUUGAUCCUCAUAAUCCGGCUGUAUUUAGCUUGCGGGAGCGUUUGAUAACCACAGAGAAUGAAAAUCCCAUUGAAGUCUCUAAACUGCUAUUAAAGGAGCUUGAAACCAGACCAACUGAUGUGAACUUAUGGGUUCGGCUACUUAAACACCUUCUACAAAACAACCUGAUUAAAGAAGCAUACGAACAUGCAUCUACAAUCGAGGAACAAUAUUUGUCUAUUUUUCAUAACGACUUAACUUGGUACGAAACAUUUGCCGAAGUUCUCGUGAGGUUUGAAAGUGACCUUACAUAUAGUUCUCAGCUCACUUGGGAGUUUUGGUUCCUAUUCGUAUCUGUGCAGGAUAGAUUGGUAGCCCUGAGUUUGGAUGAACACUUAGACACUGUAAAAACUAGUACCGAAUAUGUAACUGCAGUCUUCAAUUUCGAUCAAAUGCUGUCUAAAGCCUCGCAGAAUAUUCAGACAUGUCCAGAUCGCCAAUUAGUAACAGUAUUUUUGAGCCAUUAUCACGCUCAGUUAUAUUUCUAUCUAGCCACGCUCAUUUUUAAACAAGCUAAAAAGGAUCUAAUUCAGUUCAAAGAGGCUUCCAACGUAACCCUUCCCGUUUUGUUAGCGGCUUACCAUUCCUCUCCCCCCGACUUGCAGAGUAUGUGGCUGAUACAAUCUCCAGAAAAUAGGAGACGCCUUGUACAACACUGGCACAAAGAAGCCUCUUAUCGUUGCUCACAAACGGGACACAUCCUUCUAGCUGCUGCUAAGGAUAGAAAGACUAUCGUAUUAGAAAAGGCAACACAGUAUUCAACGGGAAUGUGGCGGGAACAACUCUACAAGAAGGUGUUUGUGAAAAGAGAUCAACAACUCAAAAUAUCGACAAGUUUUUUCGUUUCAAGCUUCCAAGUCUUAGAGCCAGUUAUAAAAUUGCCUGAUCCUCUAGAUUUAGUAAAAUUCGAUGAAGUUGCUCAGCUAGUAUAUCCCGACUCUCUACACCACUACAUUUGGCUUGGUCUAAAUAGUAAGUUAAGCGACAUGGAGGUGAAAUCUUUCGAAGGCCUGCAGUAUUCCAUAAAAAAUUUGAACAAUUGUGCUGCUGAGGCACUAAACGUUCUGGAUAUUCAGUCGUUUCUUUAUUGUGCUAUUCUCUGUGCCAAGUCCAAAAUGGAGGAUACUAAAAAUUUGAUUUAUUACAACCAUGAUAGGCCUACUGUUUUAUCAGCCUGUGUAACGGACCAUUUAGGCACUUUAAACCAGUCAAAGUUUAUAUCAGCUGCUUAUAAGAUGUAUAAAAAUGAACAGGGAGCUAAUAUGGGAGAAGUUCGUUUGCUUCUAAUUAAAGCCAUCGAAGUGGUGAGAUGUAUAGGUCAUCACGGCUUGGAUGUGAGACUAUUGGUUGCUUUAGCGAAAAUAUUUGAAGAGCGUUCGAAGAAACUUGCCAAACAGUCGGAAAUCGAAUUUAAUGAUGCGAGAGCUGAAAUGUACUGGAAAACUGCCUUGCCGUUUUUGGAGAAAGUGAAAAAUAAUCAGAUGAUUACGUAUUCUAAUAACAGACUCUUUGAAUAUAAAGGGAAAGAUAUAUCUAUUUCCGAGGCAUCGUCUUACAUUGAAAGUGGGAAGUUGUUCACAGCUAUACAGCUGAUGAAGAAGAAGGAAUAUGAAAAAGCGUUACAUAUCUUCGAACAACUGAAAGAUCCUUACGCUAGUUUUUACCAGUCGGAAAUUUAUAAACACAUGGCUGAUCAAAAAACCAACCAGAACAAAGAAAAUGUUACAUCGGAAAUGAGGAGCCAAAAUAUUAUCUUACUAUCGAGAGCCAGGGACUGCCUAUACCUCACUCUGGACAGACUUCGUGAACCGUCAGUAGACAGAACGCAUCCCUUAAACUCUCAACUUGGUACUGAAAUCGAGAAGAUAGAAAGACUUUUGUCACGCAUUGAUCCAGACUGUACGAACCGCAAUGAAUGUGACGGAAUGUCUGAUGAGAACCCGUCCUCUGACAACAGCGCAGGAGAUCAUUAUUUAACGACUUAUACAACUCACACCAGUUUUCAGAACGGCCCGCCUUAUACCCCAAAACAUGAUAACCAUAAUCAUUCCACUCCCAUGCGUUAUAACAUUUCAAGGCAAGAGGCUCGCCCUAGUCCGGAAAGACUGGAUGCUCAGAUAAGACAAAUGACAGCUACAAGGGAUAGCACGCUUACCAGCAUUUUGGAGCAGAUUAAAAUCAUGGUGGAAUCGCACCGAAGCCUUCUGGAUGAAUUGCGGAGCUUUAAGGAUACGACAGUGGACGAUUUGAGGUCUGUGAAGAAGGGAUUCGAGGAGCUGAAAGAUGUUAAAAAAUCUGUGGAGGAUUUGAAGUCGUCUGUUGACGAGCUGCAACAGAAUCUUUUGGAUGUAGUACAGGACAUGAAGAAAGAAAUCAACGAGUUAAAAACUCACACAAAAAACAAUCAGUUGAGUGACGAGGAUCUCUAUGUCCUUGACCCAGACUACGGGGUAGAUUAUAAUAUUAAUUCCAACAUUGGAGCAUAUAAUACGAACUUGCCUAGCGUUUAUCCCAAUUAUCAACCAGGAAGGAUCGGAAAUGCCAGUAACUUAGCAGCUGCUUAUGCUCCACCUGGAUUGUAUCCAGGGCUAUACCCAGGUUUAACUUAUGCUUACGGAGGACUAGGUUUACCACAACCAGGUGCACUUCCAUUUGUGCCCGACCAACAGCUACCGUCGAUUUCUGCUUCCGUCGCUGCUAGCUACGCCCAACCAAUUUUAGGUCAGCCGUCUCUCACUCAGGGCUUGCCAUCUACAAGUUUGGGCAUCGGAAUGCUCACAGGGCAGAUAUUGUCGCACACAGUCCCUCACAUCACUCAACCGAUAAAGGAAUCCUCCAAGGCUGUACCCGCCAGCACCACCCAAAGCCUCUUCUCUUCGUCGCCCUCCUCUUCUGCUACAGCAACAAUAAAUAAAGCAGCGCCGGUAAACGUCGUGAUAACCAAUUCGGAUCCACUACCUACAACCAGAGCACUUACUUCCCAACCAGUUCUGUCGGUUACUAUACCGCCGCAGCAUAUAAAGAGCAACAUUGCCAAAUCUCAGCCUCAUAAUUAUCAGAUUCCUCUACCGUCUACGGCCGUGACUGCGAUAGCGUCUACUCCGUCCGUUUUGAGUAAACCUCCUCCUGCUAUAUCUACGCAGAGUUUGUUGUCUAACGUGUCGCCACCGGUAUUUUCCGCGGUGGCUCAAACAAAGAGCCCGUCUAAGAAUGUGAGUCUGGGUCUUCAGAUCGAAAAAACUCUUGACAAAACUUUCAGCCCCGACAAAAAUAAUUCAACGUUGAAUAGAAGCAACGUUUCUACGAAUUCCGUCGAAGAACAUGACCCUUGCCCCGAUUUCAAACCUAUAGUACCUCUGCCAGACGAAGUUCCUGUGAAUACGGGCGAGGAAUGCGAAACUGAACUGUUCUGUGAACGUGCAAAACUAUUCAGACACGUCAAUAACAACGGAGUCAAAGAAUGGAAGGAGAGGGGCGUUGGAAGCUUGAAAAUCCUGCACAAUGCAAGUACGGCAAAAAUUCGGAUCCUCAUGAGGCGAGACCAGGUCCAUAAAAUUUGCGCUAAUCAUUUCAUUACGAAGGACAUGCUGUUAACGCCAAUGGCAAACAAUGAUAGAGCUUACGUUUGGGCUGCCCACGAUUUCGCCGAUGAGUCCGUCGUGUUGGAAAAGUUCUGCGUCAGAUUCAAGACAUCCGAAGAGGCCAAGAAGUUCCAUGAAGCUUUCGAGUCUGCUAAGAAAUUGAUUGAAGAUCCUGCCAAGAAAUCACCCCAAAACUCUGCUAUUAAACAAGACGUCAAACCAAAGAAAACGGAGCCGCAGAAUAAAAGCGUGGCCAAGCCAGCAGUCCCAGCUACCACUUCAUUAGGAGGUUUCGUGUUUACUAGCACUCCAACGUUCAAACCCAAAGAAGCAGUGGCACCCGCUAAAAUAGUAGAGGCUGAACAAUCGCCAAAAUCUAGUCCGUUCUCGAGCCUCACCUUCGGAAAAGUUAACGUUACCCCUAACACGUUCAAAAGUGAUUUCAAGCCAGUACAAACAACGGAAGCGACGACAUUUUCUCCGUUAGUCAUUUCCCAGAACAAACCGACGACUCCGCAAAAGGAGGACGCCGAUGACGAUUCUCACGCUGAAGACUUCGUCCCAACGGCGGAAUUCAAACCGCUCGUCGCCCUGCCCGAGUUAGUUGAUCAUAAAACAGGCGAAGAGAACUCGGAGAUACUGUUCGAGUGCAGGGCCAAAUUAUUCCGAUACGACACGAACGGGGAAGUGAAGGAGUGGAAAGAACGCGGAGUCGGGAUCAUCAAAAUCCUCAAAGACGAAUCCGUUAGGUUACUCAUGAGAAGAGACCAAGUGCUCAAAGUGUGCUGCAACCACAAAGUUUUGAAGAAUAUGGCCUUUAAAUUGAACACCAACAAUCCGAAGGCGGUGGUGUGGCACGCCCAGGACUUUUCCGAAGGCGUUUUAACGCCGGAAACCUUCACGGUAAGGUUUAAGACUGAGGAACAGGCCAAUCAGUUCUUGCAGGUGUUGCAGACGGCUCAGACGUCGUUGGACGAGAACAACAAAGUAAGCGGCAAACACCACAAGCCCGAUGCGCGACCGAGAACUACCAGUUUCGGGGAUAAAUUUAAGCCGGCGAAGGGUAGUUGGGAGUGUAAGAAUUGUUACAUUAUCAACGAAGGAAAGACAAAUCACUGUAUCGCUUGUGAAUCUCCUAAACCCGGUACCACUGCAAAGAAGCCGGAAGAAUCCGAACUCUCGGGACCAGUGUUCUCCUUUGGGAUUCCCACGACCCAAGCAAGUACUCCGCCGACUAGUGAAGGAACGAAGACCGGAGGGUUUACGUUUUCUCAGAAACCUGCUCUCGACACCAGUAAAGGUAUAAGUUUGGACACUCCCGGACAAAAGUUCACAUUCGGAAUACCGCAGGCCGCCACAGCUACAACAGAACCCGUCAAAACCUUCGCCUUUGGUACUCCAACCACUACAACGGCCGGAGCUGCGACUCAAUUUUCGUUUGGGGCCAAAUCGAGCCUUGACGCCACGAAAACAUCCAGUAUCUUCACCGCUCCCGCCAGCACUAGUUUUUCAUUCACGCCUGCUGCCACCACGACAUCCACUAAAUCCGAUUCUAAGUUUGUGUUCGGUUCCCCGCAAAAACACGAAUUUGAAUUUAAACCACGUUCGCCAAGAAGAAUCAGCUCGGGUCAGGGUGAUGAGGAAUCCGACGGCAGCUACGUAGAGGAAGAGGAAGACAAUAUUUACUUUAAACCGGUCAUACCCCUGCCGGAGAAGGUGGACGUGAGAACUGGCGAGGAAGACGAGAGCGUUUUGUAUUGCCAUCGGGCUAAGCUGUUUAGGUUUGUCAGUGGGGAAUGGAAGGAGAGAGGUCUCGGUGAUGUCAAAAUUCUUCAGAGGAAGGAUAACGGGAAGUUAAGGGUGGUUAUGAGGCGGGAACAGGUGCUCAAAAUCUGCCUGAACCAUCAUCUGACCAAAGAAACCGAAUAUAUACCGAAGGAUGAGAAAUCGUGGCUCUUCCACGCCGCCGAUUUCUCCGAGGGGGAGAUAGCGCACGAGCAAUUCUGUAUUAGAUUUAAAAACUUGGAAGUGGCGCAGGAUUUCAGAAAGGCUGUGACCGACGCUGUGAAUAACGCAGGCGGCGGCGAUAAAGGUAACGAUUUCAAUGAUAAUAAUAACAAUCCGACGGGUCCGGUAAAGUUUACUAACGAUACUAAUUUGCUUGUGUAUUCCAGCCUAGCUGUGUUUGCUUUGGCUCUUUGUUAUAUUUAUUUGAAAA